UUCCUGGGCGGAGAACGGGCCGAGGCGUUAUAGGGCGGGCGGCCGCGGCGAGGGGCUCAGCGCCAUGAAGCGGCUCGGGCUGGUGGGGCUCCUCGGCGCGGCUCUGCUGGGCUGCUGGGAGCCUGGUGACACCAUAAGAUGCUUUGAUAAGCAGUAUGAACACAAGGGCAAGUGCUGUAACCGGUGUCCGCCAGGGCAAAAGCUGGUCUCUGAAUGCAAUGGCACAGAAGACUCCCUCUGUGCCCACUGUGAGAGCGGACACUAUCAGCAGAGCUGGACCAAGGAGAGGCACUGUGCCCCCCACGAUAUCUGUGAAGACAAUGCUGGCCUCAUUGUGAAGAGGCAAGGAAAUGCAACACACAACACGGUGUGCCAGUGCCAGGCCGGCAUGCACUGCUCUGACACCAGCUGCCAGACCUGUGUGGAGAACCAGCCCUGCCAGCACGGCUUCGGCUUUGUGGAAGCCAAGGCCAUGGUGCGGAUGUCAUCUCCCUGCGAGCCCUGUGCAGAAGGCACCUUCUCCAAUGUCUCCUCUAAAACUGAGCCAUGCCAUCCCUGGACAAGCUGUGAGGAAAAGGGGCUGGUGGUGAAGGAGAAAGGGACGAACACCUCGGAUGUGAUCUGCGAAUCGGGCAGGCUCUCCUUCCUGUCGGUGCUGAUCCCCAUCACGGCCGCGGUCGUCACGUGCCUCUUGGGCAUCUGCAUCUACUGCCUGGUCCACGCAGAUCCCAGGCGACGGGUGCACAAGCAGAUACAGGCCAGGAAGCCUGGAGAGAUCCUGGAGGCUCAGCAGCCCAUGGAGGUGGGGGAGGAAGUCUUCCCUGUGCAGGAGACCCUGCUUGGGGGCCAGCCCGUGGCCCAGGAAGAUGGCAAGGAGAGCCGCAUCUCGGAGCAGGAAAGGCUGUGAGGGCGCAGGGCACUGCCUCCGACAGAAGCACAGAUCGGGGCCAGCCACCGUCUCCUCCAUCCCUUCUCCAGCUGGGAAGGAAAUCUAGCAUCUGGCCUCGCUGCAAAUUAGGUGAUGCUGCAGUGGACCAUAGCACAGCCACCCCCAUGGGGAUGCCACAGCGGUGCCUGGUCUGCCCGCCUGCCCAGGGCUGCCACGGCUGAGCAAAGCUCAGCUGCCUGCAUGGGGAUGCAGCGCAGGGCCUGGUCCCAUCGCCCACCUGGGGUGUUGCGGCAGAGCGUGGCACCGCUGCUCUUGUGCUGACCCCCUGGCAGAGCCUGGUGCAGCCACUGCGGUGCAGCACAGCAUGGCUGCUUGCGGGGAGGCCCUGGGGCAGAGCCUAGUCUGCCUGACCACUGGGGCUACUGGGCCCAGAGUGCAGGCUACUGGUGUGGGACCACCGUGGCAGAGGGCAGUCCAGCCAUGCGCCCAGGGUGGCUGCGGUAGCACCCAGCUGGGCCGCCCGCGCUGGAGCUGGGCCCAGUGGGUGCUGGUGCUGUGGAAGCUUGGGACAAGGGCAGCAGCCCCCGUGUCGGCCUGGCCACCGGGGCCCCCACCCCGUGUCGG